UCGCUCUCUCUCCCCCCCCCCCACCCCCCACCGCUCACUGACAGUGAGUCAGUUCCAAGCAGCUGCAUAGAAGAUGUCUGCCCCAGAUGCUGCUCCCCCAGCUGGACCUCCCGGAGCCCCAGGGGCCCCAGGAGCAGACGGAGCCCCAGGUGGAGGGCCCCCACCCCCUCCUCCCAACACCUCCAGCAACCGCAGGCUACAACAGACACAGGCCCAAGUGGAGGAGGUGGUGGAUAUUAUGCGGGUGAAUGUGGACAAGGUUCUGGAGAGGGACCAGAAGCUGUCGGAGCUGGAUGACAGAGCGGAUGCUCUCCAGGCCGGGGCCUCCCAGUUCGAGAGCUGUGCAGCCAAACUCAAGAGCAAAUACUGGUGGAAAAACGCAAAGAUGAUGAUCAUUAUGGGUAUCAUUGGAGUUCUUGUGGUCGGAGUCCUUUUCUUGUACUUCUUCUAUUGAGUUAUCCCAGCGUGGCAGAAGGACACAGACAUGAGAGCGAAAUAUGAGAGGGAAGAAGAAAACAAAAUCUAUACAAAUCCAAACUCCAGUCCUACCCCCUUUCAUCCUCCACACCAGGUCUUCCAUCUAGCACUUAAACAUGACGGUAGUGUGUAGAUGUCAUUGCUCUCUUUUCUCUUUGUCCUCCUGCCCUUCCCUUCUUCUUGAUCCAUCUUUCUUCCUCUGUUUUGGCGUGCUGUCUCACUCACUCUCCUGCCUCUGCAUCUCAUACAUUAUUGAAGUGUGCGAGAGAGAGAGAGAGAGAAAGAGAGCGAGAGAGAGAGAGCGAGAGAGAGAGCGAGAGAGAGAGAGAGAGAGAGAGAGAGAAGGAAGAAGUGAAAGAGAGAGAGAGUGAGUGCAAGGAGAGAGAACAGCAGAGAAGCAGUUCUUUCUAUCCCAGAUACGCCAAAGCUUGUCCGUGUUACCUUUUGGAGAGCGUACUACAUUUGUAAAUUCAUACUUACAUACAGUACCUAUCAACCCCUCCUGAUCCCCUACCUCCUACCACUACCAUUAUUACUACAACUUACUAAUACAAGGUCAUGGUUAAGAUUAUGAUCAUUUUGUUGUGUGUGUGUGUGUGUGUGUACUUGUGAUCCAAAUCAGUGUAGCCAGUAGCUUUUUCCAGGUUUAGUUGAUAUAGGCCUUGACUGGCCUUUUCCUUUCCUUUCCCCCCCUCUUUCUCUCACUCACUGACUGUGGUGUUUAAGAGAGAGAGAGAGAGAGAGAGAGAGAGAAUAAGAAAAGCCAGGAAGGAUACUGGAAAAGGCAGAAAUGACUUUUGGGACACUGACUUUUAGUAUAUCUUUAUUCUUGUACCACAGACAGACGGACAGUUAGCUAGAUUGACAUUGACAGACAAACACAAACAGACAAUCUGUACCUACAUAAAUAGAAUAUUCUUUCAGGAGUGCAGACAAAGGUCUAUACAGUAUACAGUAUACAAAAAGUACAUUUUUGAUUGAUUAGUGAGCAGCUUUACUAUGUUGUGGUUGUGUUCAGACACUCUUGUACGUUCUAGUAGAGAGGGUACAGGGUUAGGGAGGAAUGGUUCAAUAGACUGUCCCCUAUCUGGAGAGAGGACAUAACCAAAUAACCCCCCAAAUAACCCACUUCCUGCCAAUCAAACCAACAAAAACACACACACUGUUACCUACAGUAUCCUAUAGGCUGUUAUAUACAAUAGGCCAUUUCCUACAAUAGGCUGUUUCCUACAGUAGCCAAUAGGCUGUUUCAUACAGUAGCCAAUAGGCUGUUUCCUACAGUAGCCAAUAGGCCCAAUGGAAGUAGUGUUUGUGUCUUACUUGACUUGCAUGGCAGACGAUGUCCAUAGUUUUGCCUAUUUGUGUGACCUAUGUAUCUGCCAUUUCUGAAACUAACUGCCGAUUGUACAUUUAUUUUGUUUUGUGGUUUUCAGGACCUGUGUAUAGGCAACUGUAUCUAUGCGCCCUAUUAAUAACUCAUGUGUAUGCAAUGCAAUGAAGCUCAAGAGUUUGCCAAAUUUUUGUUGUUCACGUGCUUUCAAAAUAACUAAUACUCGACCAGAGAACAAUGGUUGCUACAGUAGUAUUCUGACGGGAAAAAAAAGAAAACCGUAGUACCGUACAAGUAGUACCAUAAAGUACUUCAUCUUUGCCAGACUAUUGCUCCUGAAAAUGUGUUUUUUAGUUAGUUUAUAUUUUACUUUUGGUGUUGGAUAUUCCAGAAAAUAUCAUUUUCCUCUCAAUGGUUGAUACAGAGGGACUGUUUGACACAUUGUAAAAAAUAUGAAAAAUAGCUAUGUGUAAAUUGCAUUUAUGAAUGAAAAUAGUGGUGAUUACUCAAAACAAUGAUCUAAUAAUAUUAUUAGGUAAAGAAAUUAUACAACAUGAUAAUACUGCGAGAGAUACAACUGGAUCAUGAGAAUUCUUUAAACGCAUGCUUACCACUUGAUGCUAAUAAAGAAAAUCAUCAACAUUA